GUUUUAGAAGAGCCAGGGCAAGCCUUGCAAAUUAGACGCCAACUUACCACGGACGAAAGAAUAGUUUGAUGUUUUAUAAACCCCAGGAUUUUUCCGCACCAAAUAGGAUGUUGAACAAAGUUACCACCCCCGCACAUGGACGAUUCUAUUUGGCCGCGGUGACCUUUACUGUGUUAUAUUCGAUGGGGGCGCCAUUUUCACGGUCAGCAAUGGCGUGGCGAUCCAGCGGUUCGACACACGACGAGCUUGUUUACAAGCUCAAACAACAUGGCAUAAUCAAAUCUGAGAGUGUCCACAAUGCCAUGAAACAGGUGGACAGGAAAAGUUACAGCAAGAGCAAGACUGAUCCUUAUGCAGACUCACCCCAAGGAAUAGGUUAUGCUGUUACUAUAAGUGCACCUCACAUGCAUGCCCAUGCUCUCGAGCUCUUGAAGGACCAUCUCUCGGAAGGAAAGUCUGCUUUAGAUGUGGGCUCAGGUAGUGGAUACCUCACGGCAUGUAUGGGGAUCAUGGUUGGUGAGACUGGACAUGUUGUGGGCAUUGACCACAUUAAGGAGUUAGUGGAUUGGUCGAUAAGCAAUGUGCAGAAGGAUCAUGGGUACUUGCUGGAAUCAGGCAGAGUCAAGCUAGUCACUGGUGACGGGAGAAAAGGCUAUGUGGAGGGUGCACCUUACGAUGCGAUCCAUGUUGGAGCAGCUGCCCCUGUAUUACCUCCAGCUCUCAUAGAACAGCUGAAGCCAGGUGGCCGACUGAUCAUCCCAGUGGGUCCCCAGGGAGCCAAUCAGAUGCUAGAACAGUAUGACAAAGACCUGGAGGGCCGCGUGACAAAGAAGAACCUGAUGGGUGUGGUCUAUGUGCCGCUGACCAGCAAAGAGCAACAGUGGCCCGGAAGACUUCUAGCGGCCAUUCUGAAGCGGCAAAAGUCUGGAGAGAGCAAAGAGCCUGGACCUUCGUCUUGACCCAAAUUAAUGCUAGAAGUAGACAUGAUCUAUGAAGUGUUCCUGAUGGCCAUAAACCUGCAGCUGUGGAUUUUGUGACUGCUGACUCUGCGCUUCGUACAGUGAACUUCACUGCUGCUGCCAUUUUGCCAGAUGUCUUGUAAAUAUGCAUACGUUUUCCUGAAAUAACCAUUGUAACUUGCAUGUGAAUUCAGUGGAACCAACUCUGGCAGAAAUGGCCCCGAAGUCAUGUUUAUCAAUGGUCUUUUGGCCCUCUGUUUUGUUUUCAUAAUUGCUCAUGUUCAUGGAAUCAGACGUCUUUUGUCAAUGUUGACUUAUCCAUUUUUUAGAGUUAAAUAUAAAAGUUUCAGUCGGGUUGCCUCAUGCAAGAAGUAACAACAUUGUUGACUGAUGUUGACUACUGCAAGUCAUGUGGUUGGAAAAGUUUGCCAAGGUGAUCCUUCUAGCAUUAGAUUUUCCUGAGGCAAAGCUGAGGGAAAAUGAAUCACUCAACAAGUUACUCAGAAAGUCCAGACCUACUCGUCCGAGAGUUAGUGGUGUCUCACAGAUUUUUCUGAGUUUUCUUCUUUUUUUCAUUUCAGUAAGACCAAAAACUAAAGCAAAUCUACAUCUGGUAGCAUUCAAAACCUUUGAAAAUUCACUUGCACGUUUCCAAACUUCCCUUGAUGAGAAAGUUUCCAUCCACGCAAACACCAAAAUGCACAGCAAGCAUGAGUAUGAUAUGAAUGCAUGUGCACACAUACAAAAGUCUGGUUGUUAAUGGCAGACUACUUCAGCUGGCGUACCCACUUUCCAGAACGAGGCUGACAUGGUGUAGUCCAUUUAGGAGUGCAUUGUUAAAUAGUUAAAAACAGCAAACACCACUUGAAGUGCACACGGCCAAUUAAGAGAGCAUCAUUCAGUCACUGCGCAGUCCUUACAUACACGCUCGCCUAGUUCUUCCACAUUGAAGCUCUCGCUUAGUGCACUUGUGCCUAUCUUGAAAAUGCAAACCACGAUUUGAUGGCAGCGUUGCUACACGAAGAAUGUUGGUCACAUUAUUUUAUCUCCCUGCCUUCAGAUUUCCAGGGAUGUGGUUGUGAGCGUACUGCAUGUAGGAUGCCAUGUGUGCUGCAGAGAAUGACUUUCAUGUUCUUUGUAUUCCAAACAAUGAGCAAAGGCCUUGAGAUGAGCGGACUAGUAUUUUGCCCCAGGAAAUUGGAUGUCUUCCCACUGUCAAAUUGGGGGAGAGCCUGUAGGUUGUUGGAGUAGAGCGCGACUUGCAUGCNAACUGUUUUAUUGCGGAUGAAUACUGUGGCAAAUUGUAUUAAAGCAAUGAUGCCAGGAUCAUUGUAACUUACAACACUGUCCUGGCAGGGUGCGCAUUUCUCUGUCAGGAUGCUUGGCUUUGAUUAAAAACUAGAAUGGUAUUGUAUUGUGACCAACUGCACUGCCAUCGGAAUGUUGGACUGGAAAGUUAAGUUUUAGUUGCUCAUGAUGGGGGAUGUACGUGCAUUACAUGUAGUUGUGUCUUGCAAGAAAAACGUUCUGAAUGUUUUCAUACAUUUGAUGUGAUUCUUUAUCUGCGACUUCCUCCAGAAAGACACACGGUAGAGCACAAUUAUGUCCUUUGCUUGAUGGGUCAUUUUGUGUAAAUUCACCCAAAUCUCUUUGGGGUACAUGUAGGGACUGUAAAAAACUUCACAGGUCCAACCGAGAAUACGAAAAAAAAAGGAGGCAUGGCUAUAUUGGGGGCGGGGGGUUGAUGGGCAUAAUUUCAUAAAGAGAAGUGAGUUGAUGGCCCGAGAUUUUUUUUUACCCAUAUCGAAGUCUGUCAAGUAAUACUCCGUGAGUUGUCAUGGAAUGGCACCGAUUUGUAUCAAAGGCUUGUUGACUUUGCAAAGAGCAGAUCUCAUAUGGGCUUCAUUACUUUUACUUGCUCCCAACUCAAGUGAAUUUUAAGAAUAAUUUCAUUUUACAUGCAGACAUUCUGGCAUUUUGUAGAGAUUUUUUUCCAUAGCAUAAUACAUGGAAGCGACUAAUCAUAAAUCUUGGUGACAAAACCAACCAGUGGACAAUAAGUGUAGUUAAUUUUUUUAAAUUUUUGCCCGACUUCGGUUUGUAAAUAAUAAAGCACACAUUGCUACAGGUUCUUUACUUUUUAUUGUAGGAUGGAUGCAUCAAUAUUUAUUGGACACAUUAAGGAAAAUAAUGCGAUAGUCCCAUAUUUCCCACCCAAACAUGUUUUACAAAUGAGAAUUGUUCAUAAUCUUCAAUAUUGAUAAUUACAUGUGAACUUGGACAACAUGCUUGUGUCUGAUAUACAGCAAAGUUGUGUUACCGCUUCUCUUAUAUAUCUUUCCAAUGAAUUAAAUGUGUUGAAUCAUAGGGGAAGGACACAGGAGUUAGAACUGCCCGGGCUGUAACAUCUGGCCAAUUACCGCUUUCUGGCAUGCCUGGUAUGUCCAUAGCCAGAGCGCAAUGAACGCUUGCUAUGCACCCUCUGUUUUACAACCACGAACCCCCUUGGUACCCUAUGAUUGCCGCCGCAAUUUGUCGAUGGUAAUCUGCAUCCUUAAAACUUUGUGCACUGAGGUAUAGGAAUGAAUAUUCAUGCCU